GUCCAAAGCAGAUGCAACGGGCGGCCGGCGGAAGCAGCGGCGGUGAAGUGAGUCAAGGAGGAGGCGGACUCGGGCGGUACAGCUCGGCCCCAGCCACAUGGUUAGAAGCGCUGCUUGAAGAGGACGAGGAGGACCCACUGAAGCCGACACAGUGCUUGACUGAGCUUCUUGCCGGCAACACGCCUUGUACGACGGUGGAUCCAGCUUUGUAUGAUGGUGCAGCUGGGUACCUUAGUCGACAGAAAAGCUCACCGGCUGAUUUUAAUGGCGGCGGCGGGGGGUCGGGGGGAUAUUUCGCCGGGUUUGGAAUUCCGGCCCACCUCGACUUUGUGUCGCCGUCGUCGUCGUUGUCCCCAAACAGCCCUUCUUCCUCUGCUAAUAAGAGGGUUCGGGAGCAACAGCAACACCACUUUUCCUCCGACACACAUGUGAAAGUGGAGGAAGGAGGAUUGGAGGAUUCGGUGGGUUGCAGGGUGAGGGCCAAGCGUGGUUGUGCUACGCAUCCCAGGAGCAUUGCUGAAAGGGUCAGGAGGACUAAGAUCAGUGAUCGCAUAAGGAAGCUUCAAGAGCUUGUGCCCAACAUGGAUAAGUGUAUGGAACAAACGUCAUGUGUGGGAACAAGUUGCAUCGCUGCAGCCUGCAGUGAAGCCAUAACAGUACAGUGAUUAUUGAAAAGAAUAUGUAUAUGUUGGUGAACUUAGUGUUAUUUUGGCCAUUGGUCUCACUUGCUUAUGGAGAAAGUUAUUUAGGGCGGCAAGGUUGACUUUUAUGACUCCCUAGUCAUGCGUACUUUAUAAAAGAGAGAGGUUGUACCUUCGGUGGAGCAGAAAAGGUGCAAAUAUGAUGGAGCUGAUGGAUUUUGAACAUUUGUGUCUAAAGGAAUGCUAGGAUUUUGAAGGAAUAUGAGGAGAGGAGGUAUCCCUUUCGUGGGAACGAGUGUGUUGUUUGGCAUUAUAGUGGGCUUCGGUUUCUAAAUAGCUUAAAUAAACACUUUCCUCAUCCAUUCGGAUUGGGCUGUGGCUACAAUUUAUUGAGAUUGUGGUGUGUGUUAUGUAAUUGCAACUUAUUCAAUUUUGUAACAUCAUAGGACUGCUUGUCCCAUGGUAAUGUAAUUGUUUUUGUUUCAUGUUUAUUAAAUUUUUACCUUUCAUAAAUAAACUUCGAACUUGAAAUCCUAAUACUUAUAAAACUCGAGUCCCAUUCUCUUGGUCACCUGGUGACCAAGGAUACAUGGUCACUUACCCUUGGAUUAGAUAUUAAGGGUUGAGAUUAGAACAUUAAAAGCAUAUCUAAUCCAUGAUAUCGAAUCAAAGGAUGAGCGACCAUGCAUCUCGUGGUCACCAGGUGACCAAGAGAACAUUUUUGUAUAAAACUGUGUCCUUCCAACUUCUUAACCCUAGCAUUUGUAAAACCAUCUUAAAAUUUUCUACAGAGAAUAGAAACCGGAAGAUAUUUUGAAUAACUUCAAAAUCUGUAAAUUGUGUAUAUGAACCUUGUCCAAACUUUUUAUUUGUUUUGUGAAACUAAGCGGACAAUAGCUUACAAUUGUUUGGUGUGGUGC